AUGAUGGGCAUGAACGCCAAGCAGCCGUUCGGCAUGCACCCUGCCCUGCAGGAAGCCAAGUAUUCCAGCCUGCACUCCAGCUCGGAGGCGAUGCGCCGCGUGUGCCUGCCGGCCCCGCAGCUGCAGGGCAAUAUAUUCGGCGGCUUUGAUGAGAGUCUGCUGGCCCGGGCUGAAGCUCUGGCGGCGGUGGACCUGGUCUCGCACGGCAAGAGCCAUCCUUUCAAGCCCGACGCCACUUACCAUACCAUGAGCAGCGUGCCCUGCCCGGCUACCUCCGCGCCCACCGUGCCCAUCUCGGCCAGCCCCGCUCACCACCCCCACCAUCACUCCUCUCCCCACCAUCACCCCCACCAUCACCCCCACCACCCGCACGCCGUGGCGCACCAGGGCCUCGACGGCGAACUCCUGGACCACCUCUCGCCCGCGCUGAUGGGCGGCCCCGAGCACGGCGCCGCGCCCCCGCCGCCGCCGCCGCCCGCCUCGUCUGGCCUGGCGGUCUCGGCGGCGCCCCACAACAGCCUGGCCGCGGGGCCCUGCCUCAGCGACGUGGAGUCGGACCCGCGGGAGCUGGAGGCCUUCGCCGAGCGCUUCAAGCAGCGGCGGAUCAAGCUGGGCGUCACGCAGGCCGACGUGGGCUCGGCGCUGGCCAACCUGAAGCUCCCGGGCGUGGGCUCGCUCAGCCAGAGCACCAUCUGCCGCUUCGAGUCCCUGACGCUCUCGCACAACAACAUGAUCGCCCUCAAGCCCGUCCUGCAGGCCUGGCUGGAGGAGGCCGAGGCCGCCCACCGCGAGCGGCACGCCAAGCCCGAGCUCUUCAGCGGCGCCGCCGCCGCCGAGCGGAAGCGCAAGCGGACCUCCAUCGCCGCGCCCGAGAAGCGCUCCCUCGAGGCCUACUUCGCCAUCCAGCCGCGGCCCUCCUCCGAGAAGAUCGCCGCCAUCGCCGAGAAGCUCGACCUCAAGAAGAACGUCGUCCGCGUCUGGUUCUGCAACCAGCGGCAGAAGCAGAAACGCAUGAAGUACUCGGCCGGACACUGA